AUGGGUGCUAUGAUACAUCCAAAUAAUGCUACAAUUUCUGAAAUUCCAGAUCAUAUAGUUCCAAUUCUCGUUGUUGGUAGUAUAGCACUUGGAUCAGUAUGCGUUCAUUAUAUUCUAACAUUUAUUAUGAAAAAACUUGCAGUGAGAGGUGGGUGGGAUUUUGAUCUUGAGCUUGUUAAGCAUUGCUCAAAACCCACUCUAUUCAUGUUUCCGGUCAUAUCUAUUCUUAUAACACUCUCACUUAUUCCCGACGCUGAUCCAAACGUAAUGAUUCCAGUUCGUCAUACUUUAGAAAUAGCUUUGAUCUUAUUUGUUACAUGGGCAGCUUUUGGUUUUAUAAAAGCAUCUUCAAUUUGUAUAGCACGAAACAGAUCUAGAAAGCACCUAACGCAAAUCAUAGUUACCACCAGAGUUUUUUAUGGAUUAGUUGGUUCAUUAGGUGCUGCUUGUGUGAUUUUAACUUUCCCACGGGGUUGGGAACUUGGGGCAAGUUUAUUGGCUAGUGCUAGUGUUACUGCGCUAUUUAUUGGUCUUGCUGCAAAACCAUCCUUAGAGAAUUUGGUUGCAUCUUUACAAAUUGCUUUGACUCAACCUUUACUAUUAGAGGAUUAUGUGACUAUAGAUGGUUAUUCCGGAAUUGUCGAGUCAAUUCUAUCACAGUUUAUAGUAGUAAAAAGUUUUGAUGAUAGGCGGUUUAUUAUUCCCUUAUCUCGUGUAGUUAACAACUCAUUUGAAAAUUGGACCCGCGGAAAUGAAAGCAUAUCUUCUGAGUUUAAUAUGUUUGUUGAUUAUGGCAUUCCACUUGAGGAUUUGAGGCAACAAUUUUUAUCCUUUGUAGAAAAUCAUGAAAAUUGGGAUGGGAAUAGGAAAGAUACUGUUUUGACUAUUUCGGAAGCUAGAGAAACUUCAUUGAUGUUAACAGUUUCUGUAACCGCUACUAAUCCAAGGAAGUCUCGCGCAUUGAGAAAUAAAGCUCGCGAAAACUUGAUUGAAUACAUGAUGACUACUUAUCCACAAUACCUCCCUCGAUCACGAUAUGAAUCAACAACACCACGAACUGGAAUUGACAGCAUGAAAAAAGUUGUUCCAAAAAUGGAAGAAGCACUUAUUUGA